CUGACGCGGGGCGAGGCCGACGGUUUUGGGGAUAGUGGCGCGGCGGUCUUCCUCGGCGAGGCCGGGGGCCGGCCCCUCUUCGCGCUGGAGGCCGCGCGUUCCUUGGACGACGCGCGCUUCGUCGACGCGCGGACGCAGGCGCCCUUCCUCGACGCGACGGAGAACGAGGUCGCGCUCUGCGCGGCGGCGCUCACGACGUGGCGGCGGUCGAACGGCUUCUGCGCGAAAUGCGGCGGCGCGACGGCGCUGACCAUGGCGGGCCACUGCGCGAAAUGCGUCGCGUGCGGGUCCGUGUCCUUCCCGCGCACGGACCCGGCGGUCAUCGUCGCCGUGAGCUCGCUCGACAACUCGAAGAUCCUGCUCGCGCGGUCGCCGCGGCACCCGCCGGGCAUGUUCACGACGCUCGCCGGCUUCGUCGAGGCCGGCGAGACCUUCGAGAAGGCCGUGGCGAGAGAAGUACACGAGGAGAGCGGCGCGGUCGUGAGCGACGUCGCCUACCUCAAGUCGCAGCCGUGGCCGUUCCCCCAGUCGGCGAUGAUCGCCUUCCGCGCGUCCGCGGACGCGGACGCGCCGCUCGUGCUCGACGAGGAGGAGAUCCUCGAGGCCCGGUGGUUCGACCGCGACGCCGUGCGCCAGGCCUGCACCGUGCCGGGGGCCGUCAUGCGGAAG